AAGGCUCACUUAGCGUCCCCUCAUUUCCUAAUAAACAAGCUGUGUUGCAGCUUCUCUCAUCACAUUUGGGAUUCUAACUCUAACCAGGAAGCUGCAAGAGCUCUCAUCCUUCCAGCAGAAUGCCAAGCCAGCUCGAGGGUGCAAUGGAUGCGCUGAUAACAGUUUUCUACAACUACUCUGGAAACGACGGAGACAAAUACAAGCUCAACAAGGGCGAGUUAAAAGAACUCCUCAACAGUGAGCUCACUGACUUCCUCACGUCUCAGAAGGAUCCAAUGCUGGUGGAGAAAAUCAUGAAUGACUUGGACUCUAACAAAGACAACGAGGUGGAUUUCAAUGAGUUUGUUGUGUUGGUGGCCGCCCUGACUGUUGCCUGCAAUGACUUCUUCCAAGAGCAGAAGAAGAAAGCCAAGUAGAUGUCUGUAGAAAACCGGCUGUAAAUCUUAAAUCGUUUGAAAAUGUUAUCAAAUGUCCCAUCAGUUGAAUAUAGAUAAAAUUUUAGCACUUCCCAUUGUAUAGGAUUGGGAAUGUAAUAUUUAUGUAUGUAAGCACUCAGUCAUAUUGUCACAGAUUAAAAAGAAAAAAAGGUAAAAAAAAAAAUAAAAUAAAAAGACCAACGUUCAGCCUGGAGCUGUUAAACAAUGACUUUGUGAUCUCACAUCGAGCAUCAAAUUAUAGUUGUUUUUAUAUUAGAGUGAUGUUUGUGACAAAAAAUACAAAAAAGAAAAAAUCCCACUGUGUUGUCAUUGUCAUCUAUUUUUAUCAUAUUUGAAGCUGUGUUUUAUUCCACAUUUGGGAUCAUGAAAGUAAGAGCUCUUCUCCCCUAGUUUGUCUAUAUGGUGAUAGAGGGCACAGUACGUUCAGGUCAUUACUGACAAUUAACUGAGUGGCAUUAACCUUUAAAAAGACACCUUUGUCAUCAAAAAAUCCUUCAUGGUCAUUUAUUUUGUUUGCUGAGAGAGUCCCUGCUCUAAUAUAAAUGUCAAAAGUUGAAUAUCUCAUAAAUGUCUUUGUAGGCGUUGUCACAGCCUGAUGGUGCAUUAAGUAGGAAACAUUUUUGUCCCCUGACCCUCUUGCUGUCAGUCUGUGCUCCCCAGGGUGGAACACUUUCCUUCAUGUUGGUGCAAAGCUAGAGUCAUGGAAAAACGCACAGGAUCACAGUGAUAAGAUAUUUACUGUACAAUGUCUGUAACAUUUAGCCCAAUACUUUAUGCUUCUCAAGCUAGAUUUUUUUUUCUUUCCUGAUAUUUACAAUGUUUGUUUGUUUGUUUGUUUUCAACAAUUUAAAAUUCUGACCACUGAUCUGUUUUUUUAACAAUAUAAGCCUUUACAUGGUAAAAAAAAAAAUCACUUCUACAUCAUGUAAAAGCUAAAUGAAGAUACAGUGA